GAAGCGAAGCAGAUUGCCGAUGAAAAGCAGGCGGAAAUGCGUAUGCGACGAAUCAUCAGACAGCUUCCACCCGAUGUUAUUACACAUUUGUUUGAAAUCUACAAAAGUACCUUUCCUAGAUGACUUCUCUAAAUGUGAUUUGUUAGUUUUGUACAUAUGUAUACGGUGUACCGAAUCGUAUUUGAUACGGUUCGUUUUGAUGGAUGGACUUGGCAGUCUCGAAACAAAUAAAUUUAUUAUUAUGAAAACAAUUGUGACCGAUUAUUUCAACGGUUUAGUGCUGGAACCUGCAUGA